ACAUGGCGGCGCCCCAUGCCGCGGUCGGUGUGGAGGAAGGCAGCAGCGAAACAUCGCUGAUUCUGUCAGAUUCAACCACCGGGGAGGGGAAGAGGCCUCAGUUCGGGACCCGUUUCCUCACAGAUCCGCGGCAGCUCUUCCAGCACAACGCAUGGGACAAUGUGGAGUGGACUGAGGAACAAGAAGCGUCUGCUAAGAGGAAAGUCUCAGAAAACAAUCAGCCACUACCACCAGAGAAACAAGAGGAAUAUGACAACCAGGCAAAUGAGUUUUGGAAUGUUUUUUACACAAUCCAUGAGAAUCGCUUCUUCAAAGACCGUCACUGGCUGUUCACAGAGUUCCCAGAGUUGGCCCCCCAGUGUAACCUUAACCAUGAGUCACAGCUUGAGGUCUCUGACUCGGAUCACAGUCGACUGGAGAGUCUGGAUCACGAACCCAGAAAGGAACUUCUAACUUUGUCUCACACCGACGGAGACUUCCCUGGCUCUUCUGCCACAUAUCGCAUUCUAGAGGUUGGCUGCGGUGUCGGAAAUACCGUUUUUCCAAUACUGAAGACAAACAAUGACCCGGGACUCUUUGUUUACUGCUGUGAUUUCUCCAGCACUGCUGUGGAGCUAGUCAAGACUAAUCCAGAGUACGACCCUGGGCGCUGCUUUGCCUUUGUUCACGACUCGAGUGAUAUGGAAGCCAAUUACCCCGUCCCCAAAGGAACCCUUGAUGUUAUAGUGCUAAUCUUUGUGUUGUCAGCGUUUCAUCCCAACAAGAUGCAGGAAACCAUCAGUAGAUUAGCGCAGCUGCUGAAGCCCGGGGGAGUGAUGCUGUUCCGAGACUAUGGACGCUAUGAUAUGGCACAGCUUCGCUUCAAGAAAGGAAGGUGUCUGUCAGAAAACUUUUAUGUCCGAGGUGAUGGAACAAGGGUGUAUUUCUUUACUCAAGAUGAGCUACAUGAGAUGCUCACUGAGGCUGGGCUUGAGAAAAUGCAGAACCUUGUAGACAGAAGGCUACAGGUGAAUAGAGGCAAACAACUCACCAUGUACAGGGUAUGGAUCCAGUGCAAGUACCGCAGGGCUGUAGCUCAGCCGCUCUAGACCCAGGGCCAAGACAGGGGAGAGGACCCGCCUGGUUUGACCAUCACCUGAACAACAGCUGACACUAGGACCCUUAAAUCAAGGUGGUGCUGGCAUCUAAGGAUGUAUGGAAUUGAGAAGCUGUAUUGUGAUGAAGAGGAUGCAACUAGAUGGAUAAAUGCUGUAAUGGCUUUACACUAUCUCAGCUGUCAUGCUGAUGGACUUGUGUUCCUCAAUGUGCUGCUGCAAUACUACCUACACGAGCGAUAAUAUCUUAUUUUGUGCUCAUGACUUCAGUAAUGUGAGUAUGGGCUGGUUACCCCUGUUUAAAUGUUUAUAUUCUGCCAGAUGCUGAUUCUAACCAGCUGGUGUUUGAAAUAAAUGGCAUGAUUUUAAGGAUAACUUCAUGACUUAUUUGUAAAGGCAAAAUGAAUAAAAAUGUAAAUCUUUUGACUUUAA